CUUAAAGGAAGGUGCAUCGGCAGAGAAGUAUCAAGUCAAUUUUGAUUUGUUUUGCUUUUGUCUCAUUCCAAAUACAAUUGGCUAAUUUCUGUGGUAAUCUACUGAGAGAAAGUUGUAGACAAGCAACAUGGAGGAUAUCCGCAGAUCAAAAACAAGUCUUGUUGAAUGGUUAACCAGUGACCCAGAUUUUAUUCUGCAAAUAGUACAAGAGGAUUCCCUCAUUACCCAGCGGGAAUAUCACAAGUUAAAUGCAGAAAAUGAUCCUGAAAAGAGAAUCAUAAAACUCCUUGAUACAAUAAUGGGUAAAGGCCAGUCUUCCUGUGAGCUCUUCUGUCAUGUUUUGCGGAAGGAUAAAGUAAAGGAGACCUAUCCACAAUUGGUCGAAUGGCCUUCAAGUGAACAACAAGCACCAGCCAGUCCUAAGCUGAGUGGACAGAGAGCCAUUACAGCUGAUAUCCACGCUGAUGGAGGUUCCUUCGUGGUGUGUCCCUUGAUCCAAACUAGUCAGACCUCAACUAUUAGCAUACCUGUAAAUUUCAACUCACCCAGGGUUAACAGGAAUGAGGUCAAGGACCUAGGUUCCACAAAAGAAACAAGUGUUAAGGAGUUGGAGAGUAAAGUGAUAGACAAGAAAUCCUUUCUAAAGGAGAAUUGGGCGAACCUGGUCCAGAAAGUGAAACAGGUCGACGAACUCGCAGAUCAGAUGAUGGGAUGUGGCCUCACCAAUGAGAUGUAUUCCAAGAUCAUGGCUUGUCAAACACCUGAGCAGAAAAUGAGAAUGCUUCUCGGAUAUGUGACAACAACUGACGUGGCUUCGGGCCAUCUGUUUACAGCAUUGUGCACUUUAAGUGGUUACAUCAUGCAGGAGCUCAUUCAAUAAGAUCUCCCACUCACAUCUGAGUUGUUCUUGUAAGGAGGCUGAAAGUUGCUUUUAUCCAUGCUUAAAUUUUCACUUAUAAGUAUACUUUGCUAAAAUUCAGUAUUAAAUACAUAUAUUUCCUUGGGUCAUUUCAGAAGUAAAAUGAGUAGCAAUCUUUAAACCGGGUUUCCACUUUUAUUCAAUUCCAUGAGCCUGAUGACUGCUUGUUCUAUACUGAGGCUGGUUUUCUCAUGCUUCCAUGUCUGUCAGGGGAUAAGUAGCAUAAUUUUAACCGAGAGUUGCCACAUGAGGGUUUUGGAUACGGAACACACACUAGAAACCUUUAAGGAAUUUACAUACAGCUUCCAUCAGAAAACGGACAGAACUUUUGCAGUUCUGGAUGCAGAAAUGGGCUGAGAAGUGGCAGAUGGAGAUCAACCCGGAGAAGUGUGAGGUGGUACACUUUGGAAGGACAAACUCCAAGGCAGAGUACAAAGUAAAUGGCAGGAUACUUGGUAGUGUGGAGAUCUGGGAGUACAUGUCCACAGAUCCCUGAAAGUUGCCUCACAGGUAGAUAGGGUAGUUAAGAAAGUUUAUGGGGUGUUAGCUUUCAUAAGUCGAGGGAUAGAGUUUAAGAGACGCAAUGUAAUGAUACAGCUCUGUAAAACUCUAGUUAGGCCACACUUGGAGUACUGUGUCCAGUUCUGGUUGCCUCACUAUAGGAAGGAUGUGGAAGAAUUGGAAAGGGUACAGAGGAGAUUUACCAGGAUGCUGCCUUGUUUAGAGAGUAUGCAUUAUGAUCAUUGAUUAAAGGAGCUAGGGCUUUACUCUUUGGAGAGAAGGAGGAUGAGAGGAGACAUGAUAGAGGUGUACAAGAUAUUAAGAGGAAUAGACAGAGUGGACAGCCAGCGCCUCUUCCCCAGGGCACCACUGCUCAAUACAAGAGGACAUGGCUUUAAGGUAAAGGAAGGAAAGUUCAAGGGGGAUAUUAGAGGAAGGUUUUUUACUCAAGAGAGUGGUUGGUGCGUGGAAUGCACUGCCUGAGUCAGUGGUGGAGGCAGAUACACUAGUGAAGUUUAAGAGCCUACUAGACAGGUAUAUGGAGGGAUUUAAGGUAGGGGGAUAUAUGGGAGGCAGGGUUUAAGGGUCAGCACAACAUUGUGGGCUGAAGGGCCUGUACUGUGCUGUACUAUUCUAUGUUCUAUAUGUUCUAUGUUCAAAUCAGCAUUCGAGGAUGCCAGGUCAGAUGCUUUAUUGUUUGGUAUAUUUCAUGUGUAACUCUCAACCAAAUCCUCCCGUGUAAAUUAGGCGUCACCAUAGAAGUGAAACAAACACAUCCAGGAUUUAAAUUUGAUAGUUGUGUUAAAUUGCCAAAGAAUACAAUUCAUUACAUUUUUAAGUUUAUUUCAUAACAUUUAUUAUAUGUUUCAAAAUCCUCUUAAGAGUUAAAGUAAACGAUGAAACAGACCCUAUAGAUUAUGAAAUACCAAAUGUUAGACACUGAAGUACUACACAAGUACACAAGAAAAUAGGAGAUGCUGGGCACAACUCCUGUGCCAGUACCCCAUAACUCUCAAUUCCUUUAUCUUUAAAAUAUUUAUCUGUUGCUACUUUAAAUAUACUUAAUGAUCUGGCCUCCAUUUUUACCCUCGGGGCUGAGAAUUCCCGGAAGUUCCUGCCUUCUGCAAGCUGAAUUUCAAUUUUUGUUGUAGUUUUAUCUUCUACUGUCUAAAAUAAGGCCUAAAGAGAUGUUUAAUAUAAUAUUCUUUGAAUAUUGCUUGGUAAUUGUAAGUGUUUUACUGGUGUUGAGCAAUACAACAUGACUUAACAGAUGUGUUCACAUUGAAUGUAACACAUUGCUUUCAGUAUCCCAGUUUGAUAAGUAGUAGUUAUUU